AGAAGAGGGUGGGGCUGGUGGCCAAGGCUGUGGGUGCCUGAUUCAGAAUCCUAGCGGUUGGUGUUUGGAAGUUGGCUAGUUGGGUGAUUUGGUUUUCUUUCGAACCGAGUCUUUCAUUUCAUUAAGUCUUCCUUAUGCUUCUGGCCUCGGAGAAGUGGUGCUGAGGAAGAUUACUGGGAGGAGGAAAGCAUUUGAGCAUUAAUGUCAGGAGGCACGCAAAAGUGAGGUCUUCCUUUGAUCUCUUCUUGCUCUGCUCUCUGUUGACAAGCUCAUUAAUUCGUUUCCACUUCAGACCAGCAUAGAUACUCCAGUGAUCCCAAGUCAGCUACUGCGUCUCAAAUACCAGUCUUUGGCUGCCGUUCAGCAUUCCCAGCCACCCACCGCUGGAUAUUAAUUUGCAUUGAGCCUCUUUGGCUGGGCCGGGGCUUCGGACGGCUCCCGGGGAACGACAAGAGCCAUGGACGAGGAGAUCGUGUCCGAGAAGCAGGCGGAGGAGAGCCACCGGCAGGACAGCGCCAACCUGCUCAUCUUCAUCCUGCUGCUCACCCUCACCAUUCUGACGAUCUGGCUCUUCAAGCACCGCCGGGCCCGCUUCCUGCAUGAAACCGGCCUUGCUAUGAUUUACGGUGUUUUGGUGGGGCUUGUGCUUCGGUACGGCAUUCAUGUUCCCAGUGACGUGAAUAAUGUCACCCUGAGCUGUGAAGUGCAGUCAAGUCCAACUACGUUGUUGGUCAAUGUCAGUGGAAAAUUUUACGAGUAUAUGCUGAAAGGAGAGAUUAGCUCACAUGAACUCAACAAUGUUCAAGAUAACGAGAUGCUUAGGAAGGUUACUUUUGACCCGGAAGUCUUUUUCAACAUACUGCUUCCUCCUAUCAUAUUUUACGCAGGUUACAGUCUGAAAAGGAGACAUUUCUUCCGGAACCUUGGGUCUAUCUUAGCAUAUGCCUUUCUUGGAACAGCGAUUUCUUGUUUCGUUAUUGGGUCCAUAAUGUAUGGCUGUGUAACCCUGAUGAAAGUGACUGGACAGCUUGCGGGAGAUUUUUACUUUACAGAUUGCUUGCUGUUUGGUGCCAUUGUAUCAGCCACAGACCCAGUGACUGUCCUUGCCAUCUUCCAUGAGCUUCAAGUUGAUGUUGAACUCUAUGCUCUUCUGUUCGGCGAAAGUGUCCUCAAUGAUGCCGUUGCCAUAGUGCUGUCCUCGUCAAUAGUGGCAUACCAACCAGCUGGAGACAACAGCCACACCUUUGAUGUCACAGCCAUGUUCAAAUCUAUUGGAAUCUUCCUUGGGAUCUUCAGUGGAUCUUUUGCAAUGGGUGCUGCUACAGGAGUGGUGACAGCUUUAGUGACAAAAUUCACCAAGUUGCGGGAGUUCCAGUUGCUGGAGACGGGUCUUUUCUUCUUGAUGUCCUGGAGCACCUUUCUUUUGGCUGAAGCCUGGGGUUUCACAGGCGUGGUGGCAGUGUUGUUCUGUGGCAUUACACAGGCACAUUAUACAUACAACAAUUUGUCCACAGAGUCUCAGCAUAGAACAAAGCAGUUGUUUGAGCUUCUCAAUUUCUUAGCGGAGAAUUUCAUCUUUUCCUACAUGGGACUGACGCUAUUCACCUUCCAAAACCAUGUCUUCAACCCAACAUUUGUAGUAGGAGCAUUUAUUGCUAUUUUCUUGGGAAGAGCUGCCAAUAUUUAUCCCUUGUCUCUUUUACUUAAUUUGGGCAGAAGAAGUAAGAUUGGAUCAAAUUUUCAGCACAUGAUGAUGUUUGCUGGCCUUCGUGGUGCAAUGGCCUUUGCCCUGGCCAUUCGCGAUACUGCCACUUAUGCACGACAAAUGAUGUUCAGCACCACACUUCUGAUUGUGUUUUUUACUGUGUGGGUAUUUGGUGGUGGCACCACUGCCAUGUUGUCAUGCUUGCAUAUAAGGGUUGGUGUUGAUUCAGACCAAGAACAUUUGGGUGUUCCUGAAAAUGAAAGGAGAACUACCAAAGCAGAGAGUGCCUGGCUCUUUCGGAUGUGGUACAACUUCGAUCAUAACUAUCUGAAGCCCCUGCUGACCCAUAGUGGGCCUCCUCUCACUACCACUCUCCCAGCCUGCUGUGGGCCCAUCGCCAGGUGCCUCACCAGCCCCCAAGCAUAUGAAAACCAGGAGCAAUUGAAAGAUGAUGACUCCGAUCUUAUUCUCAAUGACGGUGAUAUCAGUUUGACAUAUGGGGAUUCUACUGUGAACACUGACUCCGCAACAGCCAGUGCCCCAAGGAGAUUUAUGGGCAACAAUUCUGAAGAUGCUUUGGAUCGGGAGCUUACAUUUGGGGACCACGAACUAGUCAUUCGUGGAACACGCCUGGUUCUUCCGAUGGAUGAUUCUGAACCUGCGUUAAAUUCAUUAGAUGAUACAAGACACAGUCCAGCCUAAACUUUCUAAUGCUCACCUAGUGGUUUGUAAACUUUGCACAUGUGAUUGUGAAGAAAUGUGUACUACCUACAAGUCCUAGUGCAUGUCUCCGAAUGUGUAAGCUAUAUAAAUGCUAUUUAUAUGGCAUAGAAGAAUAUAAAUACCCUGUAGAAGACAGAUUGUGAACAGUCUGUUCUCUUUAAGUUUUGCUGGCUGCACUACAUUGGCCGGAUCUGUUUUAGAAGGUUAUUUCCACAGUAAUGUUGUGUGUUCUGUUAGUUUUAUGUUUCAGUUAAAGUAUAAAAAGUGACAGGUUGACCCUUUCUUAUAUUUAUCUGACACUUAACUGGAGUACUAAGUUCUUGUGAUGUGAAUUAAUUUGUGUGUGGCAGGGAAGGGGGAGGGGAGGGGGAGGGAAGGGGGAGCUCUUAUUCCCUCGGGAACCUAAGGAAGAGAGGUUCCUUUGUUGGAGAACUUUUGUUGAUUGCUGCUGCUUUUGUCAUGACUUCUUUCUUUCCCUUUUCUCUGGUGGCCCUUUGUGGUGCAAGGAGCUGAUGGCAUUUUGAUCUCACCCCAUUCAGGUUGGGGGCUGAAGUGUGGGGGCUGUUUUUCCCCAACUAAUGGAAAAGAACAGAUUUCUUGGCUACAGUACAUUGAUGCUCUGAGAAAGAAGGCUACAAAUGACCUCCAAGACCUUAUUUCUUUUCUUUCACACCAAGACCAUAGGAAUUGCAUCCAGCUGGCUUAGCCAAAGUAUAGGUGUAUAUAGUUCAGGGUACUUGUUUCAGAUUUGGGAGCACUGGAGCAAGUAGACAUGGGGCAUAAGAUGGUGUUGGAGGUCUCUCUUCCCAAAUAUGUAAAUAUUCUAUACCAGAUAAGUCGAAAUAGAAAAUGUAAUUGCUGCUUCAAUUUGAUUAUGUUCUUUGUGUGUAUAGUAAGCCUUGUCAUCACAAGUUUUUUAUAUCAACUUAAAACGCUGCUCUUUAGCAGCCAAUCAGGAGCAAAAUGGAAAAUUUUUAAACUUACGAUGUUUAGUGGUCACUUGUUAGUCGAUAGUUGAUGUUAGAAGUUAAUUUAUGAACCCACAAUUGUUCUGUACUACACCAAAGGCAGCUGUAAGAGAACCACAGUGCUCUGCAGUGUCUUUGAAAGGAUUCUCCUUUGUGUAAAGUGGGUGUAGUUGUCUUCAUUGUCAUUUGACUUUUUAAUAUUAGAUGCUAAGCUGCCAUGUGUUAUUUUUUUGAUGGUUUUCAAGGAAGAGCACAGAACAGUUUUUUAUUUCAUAUUCAUAGUAUGAAAAUGGUUUCUAUUUUGUAAUGCUGCAAAUACCUAAAGGUACAUUGAACACUUGGAAGGGGAAUACUUCUUGAUGCUGAUUCUGACCUGUUUGUGAUUCAGGAGAAAAAAAUACAAAUUUUGUGGAUCCCCCCCCCAGGUCUGAGUAGCAUUGCCUUAAAUCCAAUCCAAUUAGAAAAUUAAUUGCUUCUAUGACGUUCAAAUUUUCCACUGAAAAAUACCCUUCCAAACAAAACAUGCACUUACUCCCCAAAAGGGUUCUGUGCCAUUGUAAACACUCCUGGAGCUUUUAAGGGAAUUCUAAUGCUGUACCCUUUCGUGGCAGCCUUGACUCUUGGCCAUGUGUUAUGUAGUGGUAGUGACUUUCCUGCUAUGCAGGACUCCUGUGACGUGUACAUUUUAUAUGAUGUGUGGCUCUUCAUGCAGUAAAUAAUUUCUUGUUAAUGUAUGUUUGGGGGGGUUGAAUGUCAGCAUCGUUGACCCACACAGUUAUUCAACUUGUAAAAGGGUAUACAGUAAUUUAACUACUAUCUUUUUAUUCUGUCAGGUUACUGAGCUCACAUUAUAAAAAUGGCUAUAAAUACUGAGCAUGAAAAAUUGUGUAACCUGUCUCUUUCCGCAUGCAUAAGACUUCUCAUUAAGGAAACUGAUAAUGCUUGAGUCCACUAAAUCUGCCUUCAGUACUUUAUCAAAGGGGAACCAAGCUUGUUGUGCUUACGUCUUCAUCUGGAAGAUUUUUCCCUCUCUCAUCUGUGCACACAUCUCCAUGCAACAAGAAAACCACCUCUGUUAAGAUAGCCAUUGGAAUUAAAGACCUGAAUGAACUCUGAUGAAGUACAGUCUGAGGAACCAUCAUGCAUGAGUGAAUUGCUCUCUUGGACCUGUUUUUCUGUUGUUUGUGGAACUUACAUGUUUGAUUGACUUGAACAUUGCAUCUUUCAGAGUUAUUUUUUAAGAUCUCUUGGCAUUUAUCCUGGUCUGUGUUUGGCAGUGUGCUGUUAAAGUACUAGACUUCUAAUCUUUAUGUGCUUUUUGUUUUCCCUUGGAGUACUUGGAAAGAUGUUAUAGUGGUUUCUUUUAGGAAAAUCUGUCAUUAAAAAAAUUAUAGCCUUGCAAAUAA